AUGUUGACUUUAAUUAUUUAUUUAGCCUGUUGCAAGCUAACUAUCGCAUCUGAUAUUAUUUUAUCCGAAAGAGUUCCUGUAAACGGGAAGUAUACAGAAGUGCCGGCAGAUGCUGAACCAAAUGAAGUAGAGGAACGGAUUGUUGGUGGUCGAAAUGCAACUUGUGAAGAGUUCCCGCAUCAAGUCAGUUUUGUUGUGAACAACUCAUAUUUCUGCGGAGGAUUUAUCAUCAGUGAACAGUAUAUACUGACUGCUGCUCACUGCGGACAGGAAGUUGAUCCUUCCACGGUCGUUAUGAGAACAGGAAGUACGUGGAGAAAAAAUGGUACAAAAGUAACCGUGACAGAAGUUAUUCCCUAUCCAGAAUACAGCAAUCCGCCAUACGAUAAGGAUAUUGCCAUUAUGAAGAUUGCUGAACCUUUGGAGUUUGAUACAUGCACACAGCCGAUAGCCUUACCACCCAAAGGUUUAUUUGCGAGUUCUGGAGAAGUUAUGACAGUGAGUGGAUGGGGACGCACUAAGCAAGGUGCCACCAUGAUACCAGAUAGACUUAUGGCAGUUAAUUUAACAAUAGUUAAUCACGUACUAUGUCAAGCAGCAUACAUUCCACUGUCUAUCACAGAAAAUAUGUUAUGCGCCGGUAACUUUUUCCUCGGUGGACCGAGCACAUGCCAGGGUGACUCUGGCGGAAUUGGUUCGAUUGACAAUGUAGCUAGAGGUAUCGUAUCUUUUGGCCGUGGAUGUGGCCAACCGUUGGCACCUAGCGUUUUCACCGACAUCUCAGCUCCAGACAUGAGAGACUUUAUCACGAAACACACGGGAUUAUAG